AUGUUGAUCCUGAUCCGUGUCCGCGCACAGCAUCCUGGGGCUGCCACCUUGACAGCUAAACCGAUAUCAAGAAGCACCUUCGUCAAUUGCGCCGGCGCUCCUGUCACUUACUGGAUAGACUUGCUUGACACACGACUAAAAAGGACCAUGGCCGAGGUCAAGAUCAAAACCACCACCGGUAAAGCGAGCGUAGACCAGGCCGCCAAACUAUACAAGGACGCCUUCAGAGACGACCCCGUCAUUGCAUACAUGCUCUGCAACCUGACAAGGGAGGAGCUCCACACGUAUCUGUACAAGUGGAUGACAUGUCUAAUGAUCGCGUCGGCGAUGAACGGUGGUGUUUUCGACGAGACCGAGGACUUCUCAUCAUGUCUUGUCACCAUACCGCCUGGCGAACGGCCCGACAAUGUCUGGACAUGGAUACCCGCCGGCAUGAUCGGGUUCGUGGCGAAGUUAGGUUUGGGUGGUUUCCGACGCAUGUUGCUGGAGUUUGAACCAAAGACCGAUGCCAUGAAGCGCAAGGCAUUUGGCAAGAGCAAGAAGUUCUGGUAUGUCUUUUUCAAUGCUACCAGAGAAGAUUGUCGAGGCCGUGGUCUAUCUACCGCCCUUAUGCAAAAGGCACAGGAGAGGGCAGCCAAGGAUUGUGUGCCUCUAUGGUUGGAAGCCACAACUGCAAAGUCCACGAAGCUGUAUCUCAAGCUGGGCUUCGAAGUCGUUGACUCGAUUUUGCUCGGAGAAGGGCAAGUAGAUUCUGAGGGAAAGAAACAAGCUGGUGGAGAUGGAGUACCUGUGCGCGGCAUGGUGUGGUGGCCACCGAAGACUGCGUGA